AUUAGCAGUUAGCAGACUGCGCUGUUUGCUCUGAACUAAGUUAACACUACUGUCGUCCGCAAACAUGGACUGUCUUCUGGAAGGAAACUGUGUAAAAGCCUUUGGGAAGGCCAUUCAUGCCCUGUCACGGAUCGGAGAUGAGCUGUGGUUGGAUCCCAUGGUCAAAGGGCUGGCCCUGAGAUCAGUGAAUUCUGCUCAUUCUGCAUAUGCCUGCUUCCUCUUCUCGCCGCUGUUCUUCCAGCACUACAGCCUGGGACCAGAAUCAGAGCAGGGCAGUGAGACAAUCAAAUGCAAACUGCUCAUGAAGUCUGUUCUGCCUCUUUUCCGGUGUUUGACUUCCAUUGAGCGUAAUGUGGAACGAUGUCAGAUAUCAAUUAGCACACCCAGUGACCGUGUGAUCAUCCAGUUUUUCUGCAGGCAUGGCAUCACUAAAACCCACAACCUACGUUUCCAGGAAAGUGAGGCUCUGCAGGCGGUGUUUGCCUCACACCUCUGUCCUAAUGUGCUGAAGGCUCCUGCCAGGCUUCUUGGUGACAUGGUGAUGCAUUUCCCAGUGUCCCAGGAGGAAAUCACUCUGUCCAUGACUCCUCUGAGUGUCAGUCUGAGAAACUACUAUGAAGGGGGAAAUGAUCACAUGAAGACCAUGUACACUGAGAUGUCCUUACACCCAGACGAGUUUGACUACUUUCAGGUCGGAGUGGACUCGGACAUAACCUUCUGUCUAAAGGAGUUAAGGGGUUUACUGUCCUUUGCAGAGACACAUUGCCUUCCUGUGUCGGUUCACUUUGGUGCUGCUGGAAGGCCUGUGUGUUUCUCUGUGGAGGACAUGGUCCUGGAGGCCACUGUGGUGCUGGCUACUCUGAUUGACUCUCAAAGCACGGGCCCCUCUCAGCAGACAGAGACCCUGGCCCCCACUACACCCAGGUGUGCAGAGGCUGCUGUUCUACCUGUGGGUUCAUGUGAGGCCAACAGCGGGAAGCAUCAGGGUGUUCCUGCAGUGAUGGAGCUGAUACCAUCCAGCCAGGGCAGCCCUAUAAUCAGCCCACCGGCUCUGGUGCUGCUUGUGCCUCAGACUGACAACCCUAACGGACUUGGUGAGCCUCAUGAGGCCUGUGCCAGUGCCACCACAACUCCUGCUUCCUCCACGAUCUGCUCCCUCCUGUUCAGGGCCUUGUCCUCAGAGCAGGACAGUGAUGGUUGUGCUGCCAGACUGCCUGUUCUGGCAUGUUACAGUGACGGAGAGGAGAAUAUGGAGGAAGACUAUACAAGAAGCCCUUCACUCUGAGAAUGGUGCUGUUAUUCAUUCAGUCAUCUUGACUUUGUGAUGCUGCAAAAAGUCGGCUACAGCAUUCCUAACAUAACUAUAGUCAGAAUGGUAAGAUCUAAAUUAAUUUAUAUUUAAUGUACUUUGUAUCUGAAGUUGUUUUUAAGCAUGUUGUUUGUAGGCAAACAUGGCUUUGCUCAUUUUAAUUGAUUUAAUAGUUUCCACACAAUGUUCAGUGUGAAAUUUAAGAGAAUGUAUUUAUAAUUAUUUAUGAAAGAAUAUAUCAAUGAAUGUUUUGGCAAUUUCA